AUGAUGGAGAACUCUGCCGCUUAUGUCUACAGCCAGAGCGACGAGUCCGACAUGUUGGCCAUCGAAUAUCUCGCAACGGAGCGCAGAUUUAAUAAAACGCUUGACUACGCAUGGACGAAGGCAGUUAAUAACCGAAAAAAUGACCCGCGGCUGAGCAAAGUCCCAGUGCCCCCGGGGCUCAAAGAAGAACACGUGUUGGCCAUAAUUGCCUAUACGCUUGAGACUGAAUUGUAUAGACAGUUAAACGCGGCACUGAGGUUGUUCGGGGCCAACGACUGGGUGUACGCGAAGGAAUUUCCCUUCAAAAGUUUCCAGUACCUUCUAUCCGUUGCCCUCGAGAGACUGAGAGAGGACUUGGGUAAACCACCCCAGCCGACAUACAGAAGAAUGACAAUAAGGUCCAUUGGUAAGGUGGGAGAUAGAAUAAAAUUUGGCAGUUUUGUUUCGUCCUCUCGCAGCAAAGAGCACGAUGAAUUUGGCAAGGAAACAAUAUUUACAAUUUCCUCUCAGUACGGUGCCCAGAUACAAAAUUACUCGGCUAUCCCCAAUGAGGAAGAGGUUCUGAUUCCGCCAUAUGAAGCGUUUAUAAUCACGAGUUACGAACAGCGUCCCGACGGUGUUAAUAUUUCUGUUCAAACGGACGGGAAGGCUGGGAUCCCGGUGAGGGUGGAGAGGGGCAGUAAAGACGAGAUGAUUGUGCUGCGGUGUGAGGAGACCGCCAUUUCCCCAAUAGCGUGGCUGUCCAUCCUGGCGCUGUUGGUUCACAUUUCGCUGUAA